UUGACUUGGGUUAGGGUAAUAGCCGAAAAACACAGUGUCGGUGUUUUUGUUGAAAACUCGGCGGCGGUUGCUUUUGAGAUGGAAAAAUCAGAAACCCGAAGCGUAAGAGAGGCUCCGAUUUGCCGGAGACGGCCUCUUAGGAGCCGGACCGUGGAUACCUUUCUUCAUAUUAUCUCUCUCUGCUCUGAUCCUCUCAUUCAUAAUUCAAAUUCAGAUAAGCCCAUAAGAACCGAUGUUCCCUUGGAUUUCACGGGUAGCAUACCUAAUGAGUCCCUAUUUCAACAACAAACGUCUAUGGAUGAAAGCCAAGUGGUUUUGGAUAUCCAAGAAGACGGUUCAUAUAAUAAACAUGUGAAAUCAGCUGAACAUGAUCAUAACAUAUUAGGAGAAGAGAAGGACCUUUCUCAAAAAGUCAACACCAAUCCUUCAGUCAAUGUUGAUAUAAAAAGUCAUGAUAAUUACGAUAUGAUUUGUUCUUCUCCCCAUUUACCCACAAAUGAAUGUGCUGAAGAAGGAGAAAUUGCUGGAGAUUUUAUGGAUGUCAUGCUUGAAAUUGAUACAAAAUCUGUCGGCGAGACUGAUUCUGAGCCUCGAGAUUUUAUACGCACUAAAACGGGACUUAAAAAUGACGGUAAUAUAAUCCCGUUAUUUAUAGAAGCAGUUAAAGAUGGCGGUACAAAUGUGGCGGGAGUAGUAAAUAAAACCACAAGAAAUUUGGUGGAUUAUUCGGAAAUUGCUGUUCAUGCAAAAUCCCAAGAGUCUGCAAAGCGAGCAACUUUAAAAGUCAAUGCAACAAAGAAUCAGGAUCAAGUAUACCUGAUGAAGGACAGUGGUGCCCAGAAUAAUAAAAAGAGGCAGGGAUCUUGUAUGGGAGAAGAAAGAAUAAACAAAAAGUCAAAGAAGUCUGUUGACCCGACAAUCUGUCCUGAAAAUAUAACAUUGUCCGGUGAACGCCUCGAGAUUGCCUCUCAAGAAGUUGUUGCUUCUGUAAACAAGGAUGCCUGUAACGAGAAGAAAAAGAAGCGGGUUGUGACCAAGGAAAGAAAAGCAAAGAAAAAGAUCAAGGGUAGAAUUAAACGAGCUGAAAAGAGGUUAAAACUUGGUGUCAAAAGGUUGAAACUUCAACCAGUGGUUAAAGAGAAAAAAAUAACAUAUUGCCGUCACUAUAUGAAUGGAAGAUGCCAUGAGGGUGAGAAGUGUAAGUUCUCUCAUGAUACGACCCCUUUAACUAAAUCCAAGCCAUGUUGUCAUUUUGCGCGUCACGCUUGUAUGAAAGGUGAUGAUUGUCCAUUCGAUCACGAACUAUCCAAAUAUCCAUGCAAUAAUUAUCAAACAACGGGUUCUUGCAAUCGAGGUUCAGAUUGUAUGUUUUCUCACGAGAUACAGCCGAGUGAAGACUCCUUAAAUGAAUCAAAUAAGUCAAAGCCCGAACAAAAACCUCCUUCAAAUUCCGGUUCUAAAAAAGUAGAAACAAAAUCAUGUUCGGUACCCAAAUUUGUUGAUAUUACACCAAAAUCUACCCACCCACCAAAAGGUAUAAACUUUCUUUCACAAGAAAAGUUGCCACUAGUAUCCCGACCACCGAAAGGUAUAAGCUUUCUUUCACAAGAAAAGUUAACAGUAGAAUCCCGCCUGGCUCCUAAGGUAGAUUCUGAGGUCAAGGAAAUUACCAGAACACCCCCGCUGCUUCAAGAUUCUGAAGAAAAAAUGAAAGUGCCCCCAGUGGUACUACUACAUGAUUCUGAAGAAAUUACCAAAACGCCCACUGUAGUUCCGCGUGGUAUUAACUUUCUGUCGUUUGGUAAAAAACCUGGUUUGGAUUACUCAAAUGGUGGAUAUUCUUUAAGAAUUAGCAACAGAGUUGAAAAGUCUCGGUUAAGUAAUGUAGUAGGUGAGGGUUUAACGCCUGGUUCAACGACAAACGUGGUGAACGAAGUCAAAGUUGACCGUUCAACAGAUGGACCGAGUUCUUCAAAGAAACCAAUGCCGAUGAUAUCAUUCAUGUCAAGUACAUCACAGAAAGCACUCCGGUCAACUUUGGCUUUUGCAUGUGAGUUAGACUCGGGUGUAAAGUCAAAAGUUUGACCAUCAUCUGCGAUGAAGAUUGCGAAUUGGAAUACAACUUGCUCAAAGAUUGAUAAAAGUUUUAUUUUGUGUAAAUAGACCGACUGCAACCGAUUUUAGUUAUUUUUACAACUGAACUGUCAUGGAGUCAGAAACAGAUGUUAAAUCCUCCAAGAAUGAUCGGUUUGGAACAAGUUGCGUUUUAUCUGGUCCCAUCAGUUAGCUGGGUAUUAUCGGGCUUUCACUCUUUGCGCAUGUGAAAUCAAACGCGGCCACCGUCAUGGCAUCAAUGGUUGCCAUAUCAACAUUUUACAGGUUGAAAGCAUACCCUAUGAUCCAAGUCUAAUGGUUUUCAUGGAUUAUCGAGACUACACGAAACAUAAAUCUCAAUCAUUAGAAGCACAAUAUCCAACAUUCCUUUAUGUCAUGCCCAUGUCUCCAACUAAAGUAUCCUUCGAGGAAACCUGUUUGGCUUCAAAAGAAGCCAUGCCUUUUGAGUUAUUGAAGACAAAGCUCAUGUCAAGAUUAAAGACAAUGGGGAUCCGAAUAACCAAAACUUAUGAAGAGGAAUGGUCGUAUAUUCCAGUAGGCGGAUCAUUACCGAACACAGAGCAAAAGAACCUUGCAUUUGGUGCUGCUGCUAGUAUGGUGCAUCCAGCCACAGGAUAUUCGGUUGUAAGAUCACUGUCAGAAGCUCCUAAUUAUGCAGCGGUAAUUGCAAAGAUUUUAGGACAAAGAAAUUCAAAACAAAUGGUUGAUCUUGGAAGAUACACAACCAACAUCUCAAAGCAAGCUUGGGAAACACUCUGGCCACUAGAAAGGAAAAGACAGAGAGCAUUCUUUCUCUUUGGAUUAGCGCUGAUUGUCCAGAUGGAUAUUGAGGGGACCCGUACAUUCUUCCGAUUGCCCACUUGGAUGUGGUGGGGGUUUCUUGGAUCUUCGCUAUCCUCAACCGACCUAAUAGUAUUUGAGUUUUACAUGUUUAUCAUAGCACCACAUAGCCUGAGAAUGGGUCUAGUUAGGCAUUUGCGUUCUGACCCGACAGGAGCAACUAUGGUAAAAGCAUAUCUCACGAUAUAAAUCACUCUAGUCGCAAUCGGUUUAGAUUGUUUGUAGGCACAUAUAUGUAUAAACCUUAUGUGUGUUGUAUCCUUACAUCAACACAAUCAUUACUUAUGUUUCUUGGAGCCAUGCUAAUGAAGAUGAUGACAUGGAGAUGGAGAGUAAGGAUAUAUCAGUAAAUGCAGUUAUGGUUAGAG